AUGAGCACCAGAUUGUCUCUGCGGCUUGUGGAGUCUUAUCCCAGCCAGAGACUGAAGCUCACACAUUACCACCGAGUUCUCUAUCGCAAAUUCGGCAUGGCACCGGCAGCUCCAUCAACCGAUAAACUUCGACCGAUUGUAUUUUCUGGUCCUUCGGGCACUGGGAAGUCGACGCUCAUUACCCGCCUUUUUGCGAAGCAUCCUGAUCUCUUCGGCUUCAGCGUGUCUCAUACUACCCGGAAACCCCGUCCCGGCGAGCAAGAUGGCGUGCACUACCAUUUUACUACGCCCGAAGUGUUCGAGAAAAUGAUCGCGGAGGACGCAUUUGAGGAGCACGCCAAGUUCGGAGGGAACUACUAUGGCUCGUCCAAAAAGGCAGUCCAAGACGUCGCGGAAGGCAAAGGGAAGAGCAUUGAUGGGACCACUGCUGAGGGCAAAAGAAUCUGCAUAUUCGAUAUUGAGAUGGAAGGGGUGAAACAAUUGAAGAAAAGCAGUCUGAAUCCAAGGAUAUGCUUCAUCCAGCCACCCAGCAUCGAGAUUCUUGAGAAGAGGCUGCGUGGCCGAGGCGACACGAGUGAAGAUGCCAUUCAAAAGAGACUUGCUCAAGCCAAAAACGAGAUGGAAUAUUGCAAGACUGAGGGCAAGAAUGACAAAGUCAUUAUAAAUGAUGACCUUGACGCUACAUUCAAGGAGCUAGAUGAGUGGGUCAUGAGAGACAUUUCUUCAGCAAAUUAG